GCCUUUUUAUCAGACCUAUUCUGUACGUCGACGAGAGUAACCCUUGAUCAUGUCAUCUUCACAGGUUUCUCAAGCUAAGGGAGGUGGGGAACGGGGGGAAUUCGGUCUUUCACUCUGCCUCGUGAAACAAAAGUAAAAGUAGAAGUUUGCACUCAGGAAGAUUACAGCACAACUACGGAAAGUGCGAAAUGACAAUCAGUCGUUGUAAAGGGACAAAGAGCGAAUCCCAACAUGAGGUUUCCUUUCACACGAAGAUAAAAUAAAGGAGCGGUUUUCGGACAGGAACAGGGUAAGUUAGUCGAUACUGUCCAUCAAUGGCAACGCAUGAACUCACAAAUGAAUUUAGUCAACAAACUUUGGUUCUAUCCUGCAGUGGUGUUUCGAUAAAGUGCGGACAAAAAUGUGAAUUAAAACUAAACGUACAACCGUACAAUACCAAUAAACAAAGGAGCAAAGGAAAUUUUUCAGACCAAUCCCCCUUUGCGAGCAGAGAAAGCGAGCGAAAUGGGCGUAAACAACGAACGCAAGGAUGACUGGACCAGGCGAUACGCCCCCAGUAAACCCUGCGAACGAAAGCGAGGCAAGGCUGGGACGUGGCCUGGACACUACUCCGCAAAUGGCCGAUCGAACUUGACACCAAAUAAUAUCCUUUGACGACACAUCUCAGUGCCACUAAGAGAAACGAACAUUUUCAAUAAGGAACAAGUUGAGGGAGUGACGAUGGGGGAAUAGCCUUGUUGCUAAAGUGGGUGAAGUUGGAUUGUCACAUCUCUAGUUUACAUUAACAAACAAAGUCCUAUUGUAAAAGAGAGACUGUCGUCGCCUUUGUGUUCUUUCCACCAAGCUAAAGGGAAGCGACUAGACUGGAUUACGCUCUGAUUUUGCCGAACUCCUCAAGUAGUAACGGUAAGAAUAUUACACUUUAUCUAGAUAUCGUCUGUUCCCCACCCUCGUUUGACAUGUUUACUGUGCAUUAAAAUGUUUUUGAAUAUUUAUUAGAACUAACUACUGAUGUAUCAUUGUCUGUUUUACGGGAAGAGCCUUGUCGCUCAUGAAGUGAGUGAAGUUGGAUUUCGUUUGGAUUCUCGGAUUUCUAGUUUAAAGUUUUUAAAGUUUAAAUGUAGAUUGCAGAAAUGUAUCAAGGAAUAAUGUUGAAGGCAAAAAAAGUAUUUUUUAGAUUGCAACACUCGGAGACUUUCAGUUUCAUGCGCUCUAAUCUUCGUUUGUUGGUUUCUUUUUUUGUGUUCAGUUUGUUUAUGACGGUCAGUUUUGUACUGUCAUAGCCUCACAUUGGCAGGUGUGCUGUAUGCUUAUCUUCGUGUAUGGUCUAGAGCUCUGUGCCUUUCUUUAUCUUUUUAUGUUUCCUGCAGCUUUGUACAUUGUCGUCAGUAACCUUCCGUUUCCGUGUUUACUUUUGCCUCUGACUCAGUGCAAGUUUUGCGUUUAUCUUUGCCAGUGAUCUAAACUUUCAGUUUUGCAUGUCCUUUGAGAUCUAUGACUUCAGUUUAUUGAAAUUAUUUAUGACGGUAUCUCCAGUUUCGCUUGUUUAUGAUUUUCUGUGAAUUUUAAGGCAUGUUUAUCUUUCUUCGUCUGUGACUUUCAUUCUUUUAGGGAGGUUACCUUUGUCAGUAUAUUUCAAUUUUGUACAUCUGUCGCAUCCUGUUAAAUCUUCAAUAUCAGCAUGGAGUUAGAGGCAAAACGUAGACUUACUAAAGAAAUACACGUCUCAAUUGAGAAAGCUUGUUUUAGCUUUUUUCUGUUGCCCUGUAGACAAACAAAGUCCUACUGUAAAAGAGAGACUGUCGUCGCCUUUGUAUUCUUGAUACCAAGCUAAAGGGAAGUGAAGUGAUCAGUGAAAUGAACAACGUAUACGAAGUUAUACAAGUCAUCUUAAUCGGCCUCAUUGUUGCCGGCUUCCUUCUCAACACCAGUCGAUAUCUAACAGCCAUCGAAUUAUGCAAGGAAUGCUUGUUCAUUCUGAAAGACAGAGCAGCCAUAAUAGACGAGAAAUUUACCAAAUUAUUCUACAAGGGGGUAUAUUUUACAAUGUGGAAGACUUGUAGUCUUAUCAGCGAUAACACAAACGCCAUAAAAUACGCAGAGGAACUUUUCCUAAUUUACCAUGAAGAUGGCGAAAGACUUGAGAAAUGUAAGCUAAGCUUAAAACUUGCAGAAAUGUGUUUUCAUCAAGGUAAAUACCCAGAGGCAAUACAACUCUCGGAAAAAGCGCUGCUGAUCAGCAGAGAAAUUGGUGACAGAAAAACAGAAGCUAACUGUCACGCAAUCAUUGGAGCCAUGUAUCGAUCAGUUGACAAAUAUGAGAAGGCUAAAGGACAUCUCGAAAAAUCACUCUCAAUCCAAAAAGAAAUUGAAGACAGAGAUGGAGAAGCUGUCUCGUAUACGUACUUAGGUCUUGGAGCUGUGUGUCUAUCAGUUGGCGAAUAUGAGAAGGCUAGAGAAUAUCUGGAGAGAUCACUUGCGAUCUACAAAGAAAUUGGAGACAGAAAUGGAGAAGCUAUUUCUUACACAAACCUUGGAGAUGUGUAUGCAUCAGUUGGCGAAUAUGAAAAGGCUAGAGAACAUCUCGAGAAAUCACUUGCAAUCAAAAAAGAAGACAGAAGAGACAAAAGACUUGAAGCUGCCUCUUACGUACAACUUGGAGAGAUGUAUGCAGCAGUUGGCGAAUAUGAGAAGGCUUCCGACUACUGGCAAAAAUCCUUAGCCAUCAGUAAAAAGAUUGGCAACAGACGCAUAGUAGCUUUGUGUUACAAUGAUCAGGGAGCGAAUUUUAUCUCUCUUGGAAAGUAUAGCAAGGCUAACGAAUAUAAUCAGAAAGCACUUGCAAUUUUCAAAGACAUUGGAGAUAGAGUAGAGAUGGCUAGAACGUACCUCAACCAAGGAGUUGUGGAGCACGAUGUUGGUAACUUCGUCAAGGCAAGAGAAUAUUUUGAAAAAGCAAUUGCGAUAAGCAAAGAAACUGGAAGUGAGGAAGUAGAAGCAAAAGGUUGCUCAAACCUUGGAGUUUUGCUUUUAAAUCAGGCUGAACAUGAUAGAGGAGAAGAAUAUAUCAAGAAAGGACUCGCAUCAAGUGAAGCAAUAGGGGAUAUUAAGGGACAGUUCGAUUCGCUCCAAAUUAUGGCACACCUUAGAAUGAAAGAAGGAAAGAUUCAGGAAGCAAUCUCAUAUUUCCUUUCUGCUAUUGAAAAAAGCGAGGAAAUGCGCGGCUGUCUCCGCGACAACGAU